GCGCCUGAAUGCAUGUGCGUGUGUUAUUCAGUAAUAAAUGCAGAACCGCCUCACUCUAAUCAAGCUGAUUAAAAAUUCCUGCGCGCCCAGCCGGAAAUCGCACCAUCCUCUCUGUUUUCUUUCCACUUUUUUACUUUAUUUUCGGUUCUCCUAUCCGCCAGGACAUCGCGUCACGAGCGGCUGCCUUGAAGACUCGACAUGCGGUUCAAAUCGUCUUGUUUUGGGGGUAUUUUCUUCUGAAAUGAGGAGGAGAAAGGGAAAGCAAAAGCAGCGCCAGCACCAGCAAGGGGAGUGAUGAGUCAAUACAACUAAUAAUUUAAUGGGGACACAGAGGGGAAAGAGAGAGAAAGAAGAGCUCCGUCCGGACGCAAAUUAAACGAACUGAACACUUAUCGCUAGCAGCUGUUAUGCAUCCAUAUAGCGAGCCUUAUCUAUUCUCGACAUUGGAAAGUAAAUCGCACUUUAUAACCUGUUUGGGUUUGUAUAUCGUUGCUGCAUCGUGUCUACAUGAUAGCAGAUCAUUGUCGAUAUUUUUUUCUAUCGGACAUAGAGAAGCGGAAUUUAUAUAACCCACGUUAUUUUUGUAUGCGUUUAAACAUCAGGAUUGUUCGCGACUGGUAGAAAUAACAGAUUUCACCACCGCUUACCACUAUCCGAUGUUCUAUUCACGAACGACUGCCUGAUAAUCGUGGUGGAUGCGUUGUGUGAACUGAACAGAACUCGUUGCACUUGUAACCGAUGGACUAUCCUCGAGACAAUUAUCCGGUUUAUUGUAUCUGAUGUUAUUUUCUUCGCUGCGUUUAAUAAGACGGACGAAUGACUGUUUUUCCAUUGAGCAAAUAAUUACAUUUAUUUAGGCUUACCAAUGUUAUCGCAUCCCAGUCUGUCUCGACGUCUUCUCUUAUAUAAAUUUGGGUUGCUCUUUUGUACAUCAGCCUAUCUCUCAAAAGAAGAACACGUUUUUGUAGAGGACCUAUCAUUCAAACCUAGAAAGCAUCAAACACUGAAGUUUUCUUUCCCCUGACAAAACUUGAAGAAGGCAACGUUCACCAAGACUGCAUUAUAUGCUUUCGAGUAUUAAAGUGCUGAGUUUCAGGUGAUAGUGAGCAGAGGUGCUGAGAAUGAUGGACCAUCUCAGCGAGGCGUGCCUGGGGAAGGAGAACUGUGACUUGGUCAACAGCAUGGGCGACCGGGACCCCAAAGCCCCGCCAGCCAAGCUGGCCCGGCUGGAACAGAAUGGCAGUCCCCUGGGCAGGGCCCGUCUGGGCAGCACCGGGGCCAAGCUGGCUGGGGUGCCGUACAAACCGUCGGGACACCUCCUCAAGACCUGCCACAAGAGGGGCAACAUGCUCCCUGUGUUCUGCGUGGUGGAGCACUACGAGAGCCCCGUGGAGUUCGACAGCAAGGAGGAGCACGCCGAGUUUGUGCUGGUCAGGAAAGACAUGCUGUUCAACCAGCUCAUCGAGAUGGCCCUCCUCUCCCUGGGCUACUCGCACAGCUCGGCGGCGCAGGCCAAAGGUCUAAUUCAGGUGGGCAAGUGGAACCCGGUACCACUGUCCUACGUGACGGAUGCGCCGGAUGCCACCGUGGCAGACAUGCUGCAGGACGUGUACCAUGUGGUCACACUGAAAAUCCAGCUGCACAGUUGUCCUAAACUGGAGGACCUGCCCCCAGAGCAGUGGACCCACUCUACAGUAAGAAAUGCCCUCAAGGAGUUACUCAAAGACAUGAACCAGAGCUCUCUGGCAAAAGAAUGUCCCUUAUCACAGAGUAUGAUUUCCUCCAUUGUGAACAGCACUUACUAUGCAAAUGUGUCAGCGGCCAAGUGUCAGGAAUUUGGGCGCUGGUAUAAACAUUUCAAGAAGACAAAAGAUAUGAUGGGCAUGCGCCAACCCUCCCAGCUGGAGGGCUACCUGGGCACGUGUGUCCUCCAUAACAGCCCACGCGCCAACACACUAGCGGACAUGGACGGCCUGUCUGACCUUUCCCCUCCGGGUCCCAACCACAACCACCUGACCUUUUCCCAGCAGCCCAUCCCGGGGAGCACGGCCGAGCAGCCCCCCUCCUCCCCGGUGCCCCCCCUGCCCCCUCCGUCCCACAGCGGGGGCCAGACCCCGGGGCGACCUGCUCAGCUCCCCCCGGGUCUGCACCACCCAGGCCUGGUCUCCACCCCUAUCAGCCCCCAGCUGGUCAACCAGCAGCUGGUCAUGGCCCAGAUCCUGAACCAGCAGUACGCCGUCAACCGGCUCCUGGCCCAGCAGUCGCUGUCUCAGCAGUACCUCAAUCACCCGCCGGUCAACCGCAACGCCCUGACCAAGCCCAUGGAGCCCCAGGUGGCCAGCAACACGGAGGUGUCCCUGGAGAUCUACCAGUGGGUCCGGGAUGAGCUGAAGAGGGCCGGCAUCUCACAGGCCGUGUUCGCCCGCGUGGCCUUCAACAGGACCCAGGGUCUUCUCUCUGAGAUACUGCGUAAAGAGGAAGACCCUAAGACAGCUAGCCAGUCUCUCCUGGUCAACCUGCGGGCCAUGCAGAACUUCCUGCAGCUACCUGAGGCCGAGCGCGACCGCAUUUACCAGGACGAGAGGGAGAGGAGCCUGACAGCCGCCUCGGCCAUGGGCCCGGCCCCCCUCAUCAGCACCCCGCCCAGCCGGCCAGUGCAGGUAUGGAACGAACAGCAGCCCAGGAGAGAAGACUGCAACAACGUCAGACCUGAGGACUGGAAUCCCAGAAUCCCUGUGGGCAUCUCUCCUAUCCCUGAUUCCAGAAAACAUGGCAGCAUCACCUUGUUUUCCAACCCCUUUGCUGACACUCCUUAUCCUGCCCAGGUGAAGGCAUCUCCACUCCCCGGAGAAUGGAAUGGCAAGACGGAGAGUUGCAUCCUAAACAUCAACUCCUCCAUCUACGAGGAGAUCCAGCAGGAGAUGAAGAGGGCCAAGGUGUCCCAGGCACUGUUUGCCAAGGUGGCAGCCUCCAAAAGCCAGGGCUGGCUGUGUGAGCUGCUGCGCUGGAAGGAGGACCCGAGCCCGGAGAACCGCACGCUGUGGGAGAACCUGUCCAUGAUCCGGCGCUUCCUGAGCCUGGCCCAGGCGGAGCGCGACGCCAUCUACGAGCAGGAGAGCACGGCCGGGCAGCAGCAACACCACGGCGACCGACCCAGUCACAUGAUGCACGUCUCCACGGACCCCGUGCUGUCGCAGUCCCAUCAGCAGCAGCACCACUCCCCCAUGUCCCUCCAACACCCCUCCCAGCCGCCGCUGUCCCAGCAGCCCAUGCAGCAACAGCAGCAGCAGCAGCAGCCACCCAUGGGCCCCCGGCUGCCCCCUCGCCAGCCCUCCACCGCCUCCCCGGCCGAGAUAGAGGAUGAGGGCCGCGGCGGCGGGGGAGCGAAGGCCCGCUCCGGCGGAGGGAAGAUCUCCCUAGAGGCCCUGGGCAUCCUACAGAGCUUCAUCCAGGACGUGGGGAUGUACCCGGACGAGGAGGCCAUCCACACCCUGUCGGCCCAGCUGGACCUGCCCAAGCUGACCAUCAUCAAGUUCUUCCAGAACCAGCGCUUCUAUGUCAAUCACCCAGGCAAGCUGCCCAAGGAGCCCAGCAGCGACAGCAGUAGCCCGGCUUUCGAGGAGGAGCUGUCGGACUUUAGGGAGGGCAGCGCCGAGCUGCUGAAGGACCUGGACGAGAGCACGCAGACCAACAGCACCAUCUUCUCCAUCAAGAUCGAGGAGCACCUGGCCCGUGCAGAAGCCCACUCUGAGUCAGACCAAGACGUCAAGGAGUAGACAGAGAGCUGGUCCGAACACUGUGCUGAUGAAGUGGCGUUGCUGUACAAACGGGGACCGGAUGCCAUACUGAAGAACAGUGCUCCUUGUAGCGCAGUGCAACUGGGACAAGAGAAAUGCAGAGGCUGGACUCUAUAUGCGUACAAGUAGUGUUUAUAUAUCAACGCAGACUGAAAGGCUACACAACGCAAGCUUCUCACACUGGACCCCCCACCCCCCCCCCCACCCCUUUCCACAGACUACAGUAGCUAAUACGAAUAAGUAUUGCUUUUUCUGAUUUUGUAAAACUUGUAUUAUUCACUGUAAAGACUGUCCAUACAUACAUUUAAACCCGCACAAAAAAUAUUCUAAGUAUGUUGCCGUGGAUAUUUGCUGACUGCACUUGAUGUCUCUUGUUUUACACUGAUUCUUUUUGAGCUACUGAUAUUAUAAUAAAAGUCCCCUUGGAGUCUGAUAGGACUUUGAUAGGUGUUUACGUUAUGUGGUGUUAACUGGAUUUUUAGAAUGCAUAUGAAAUCGAGGACCAAGUGGAUGACAAGGCCUUAAUGAUGAGGUACUAAGUCUGGAAGCCUGCUGGCAGAUUAGUUAUUCUUUGAAAAAUCGAAAAACAAUGUGAUUACGGAUCACUCAAACUCUGGAACGCAAAACACACCCCAGGUGCGUCGCUGAGAAUAGCUCAAUCGUUACAUAUUAUUUGCUAGGAAGAAAUAUAAAUAUAUAUAUAGACAUUAUAUUAACUGUAAAAAAAAAACACAGUCUUAAAUAAACUAUGCCAACAAAUGCCUUGUACUAUAUGGCACUGCCGAUGUUAGAUUAUUUUGCGAAACCUUUGUCACUGUAACUUUCUGAAUCAGCCACACAGUUUAAAAAUGUGAAUCACAACCUCUGUUUUUUGUUGUCUCUGACAUUAUUUAUUUGCAGAUUCUGAUGUAAUUACUUUUUUUGGAAGGUUUGUUACAUAGCGCUUUUUUAAUUUCACUGAUACUUUUCUAUUUAUAAAUGUAAUUUUGAUGGGCAGUAAAAACAAAAAGUGUCUUAACGUUUUAAAUGGAAAAUGUGCUUUAAAGAUGCUGUAUGUCAAGCAACUCAUGCUAAAAGCUUCACAAUUAAUGUUGUAUGCAAUUUUUACUAUCAUGCAAAUAAGUUUAGGUAAAUUACUAACCUAUAGAACACCAUAGAGAGAAAAACAUAUGCAAUCUGUGUGAAAAUCGAUGUCUGCAAUGUGUCUUCCUUUGGUUAACAAUCCAAUUCAAAGCUAUUCCUGUAUAAAUAUUCUGUAUAAAAAGUGUUUCUUUUUUAUGAGUUUAUUUCAAUGAGAACGCCAGUUAUUUUGUUACAACUGACUGUUUUAUAAGUGUUUCUCAGUUUCUUUAUGCAGAAAUGUUCUAACUAGGAGUGGUUCUUGAUUGUUAAUGACACAAUUAAACUGUUUGUAUUGUA